AUGGCGCGCUUUGGGCGUGCAAAGUUCCUGACCUGCUUCUACUGUGGGAAGCGACCGGGCAUCAAGUUUGACGGCACAUCGCGCGACUUUCUGUGCUUGCAUUGCGAUGCAACCAACUAUCUAGAUGAGAAUGGCGAAAUCACAGAUCCCCCUGUCGCAACCGAGCAUGAAGCAGCAGCCAUCCAAUACGCCGCACCGCAGUCUCCCUCGCCUUCUCAAACGGACGACAUUUUCUGUCAAACAUGCCUCAAGAACCAGCACUUGUUCACAAAGUCACUGGCCCAGUACUUCCCUGAUGACCCCUCAGACCCCGACUACCCCGAGCUCGAGCGCAACUACUACCGCUACCGACGGAACCUCGAGAAACGAUACCCGCAAGUAUGUAGCGAUUGCGCCGAACGCGUCGAGGAGAGGAUACGCCAAGCUGGUUACACCGCCAAGACUGACCAUUUACGGCGUAUGAUGAGUUUGAGCCGGGGCCGGAGGACCAGGAGGAGGACACCGCUUGACUGGGUAAACACGCUGGGGAAAACCUUGUGGCGAACAAGCUUCCUUUUGCAAUUGUUGUGGCAUUUUGUUAUGAUCACGCAGGCACUGCAGCAGAGCAAUGAUGGCAUGUAUGAUCCCGACGAUCAGAGUGUAUAUGCCACGGCUAUUUCAUGGCUCAAGCUGGCUAUUGGCUUUAUGCCGAGUGCAGCUACCUUGAUUCAAUGGAGCAUUUGGACUGCUAUCCUGGCGGUGUGGUGGAACCCGCAUUUCGUGCAGGUGAAUCGAGGAUUCACCAGGCACCUGCUGGGAUUUACCCAGUGGUACUCGUUCCAGGGAUUGACCAUAUUCUUUCGGUUCAUCUUCCGCGGCGUGGUUGAUGCGAAUGCGCAAACCGCAGGCUCUGGCACAGCCAAACUAAGCGCCCAUGUAGCCAUGGCGCUGGUCAUGACCGUGAUCCACGUGUUGGCAGGUAGAUCCAUUCGUGUAGACACCUCGCCCUUGUUUGCGACAGAAGACAGACCACUGGUACCGAGGGAAGCGAAGCCGCCCAAGCAGAGAAAACAGGAUGAUUCCAAAACCUUCUCUGAACUAGUCAAUGAUGCGCUUGAUUCCGCAAACGCAACACCGCAAAAGUCGACCAUGACCGACCAGGCCCCGUCUCCUCAAUCACCAUUCAGCCCUUCGCGACCCCAGACCAGCCGGCGGCCAGUCUUUGGCGGCGUGAGACCAGCCGAGACCCCCACAAAGCGGACGGAGCAACUGCAGUAUGAUGAAGAAAUGGACUGGUCGCCGAUUAGAUCACCGCACCGAGCUCUCAACGACAACGCGACGCCUUUGACGAGCAAGUUUGGGCGGACGAAUGAUGAACGUCUGUCAUCGCCAGAGGCAAAGAACCCUUUCUGGUGCAAGGUUCCAGCGGCCCCUGUGAAUCCGGCUCAACGACUGCGAAAUCCCCAAUGGUCACCGGCCCCAAAGAAGCAUGAAGCUGCAGAAACUGGCAAAGUCAUGUUUACAAGACGGGGCCAUCCGCCGACCUCGUCUCAAACCACCCUCGACAGCGACACGAAUGGUGGCGUUGAAUUCAAGCAACCCAGUUUUUUUGCCCCGCAGAAAGACCAUGAUGCUAGCUCCCUGGCAGACUUGCUCAGCCAGAGUUUCACACUGGGACAGGACCAACAGGAAGAAGACGCCGAGACUGCGGCAGAACAAAGCGGCUCAACCGCACCGGCUAAAAGCAUGCCCCAACCUAGCGUCAAGCCCAGCCCCGAAUCAACCGUUCUGACGGUCUUGUUGUCAGCAUGGCUGCUGACCAUGUUUGCAAAUGUGCCUUAUGUGUGGGAAGUGCGUCUCACAACCCUCUUUGUGGCUGGCGUCAUCGCUCUCCGCGGGACUGGAGACACGAGCUAUACGCCUGGCAACAGGACGCCCGGACCAGCAGCCUACAUAUUAUCGGCUCUCGGCGCCGCAGAACUGGCGGCCAUUUGCUGGGUUGGAUCCAAGGUGUGGAGUGGGCAAUCAGAUCAAACUGGACCAUAUGGCGUGGGGGUGCUGGUCAGUAUGCUUGGCCACCAGGCACUGAGGAUGGUAUUGUAA